AUGAGCAAUGCAUCAGGAAAGUCGAGUGGAACAUCAAAUCGUCGACAAAGAGGGAUAGUUAGGGGUGCGCCGAAAAGGUGUUGGUGUGGGUCUGACAUCGUUGCGAAGAAUUCUAUGUCAGAACCCAAUCCUGGCCGGCGUUACUAUCGUUGUUCUUAUGCAGCAAGACUUAGGCUCAUUGAUGAUGAUCAUGUUUUCAAAUGGGUCGAUGAGGCACUUUAUGAUGAGAUAGAGACUUUGGCUUCAAAAAUGUCUAGUAUUGAACAAGUUGUGGAGCAUGAGAAGGUGUGUUUUGCGAGGAACCAGAUGGAUCUAGAGAAAGAAAUAUGUGAGAGGGUAGAAGACGUAUUGGCUGAAGCCAAAGCUGAAGCCAAAUCAAGCUUGAAGAAACUGAUGAUUGUUGUUCUUCUAGGUUUGAUGAUCGUGUUUGGUUUGACUAAAUUGAUUGGUUAUGAUGUUUGA